AUGUCUGCACCAUCUUCCAAAGAAGUUGCUAUCAUCGGAUCAGGAUUAUCUGGUCUUACUCUCGCUCUCGCCCUUCAUCAAAAUAACAUAAAAUGUCGAGUUUACGAAAGUCGUUCUGCUCCUUUGAAUAUCGGAGGUGCUGUCAUGCUUUCUCCUAAUGCUCUCAAAGUUUUGAAAGCUCUUAACGUCUAUGAUCGACUUCGUCACAAGGGUUACAAUUUCGAUAACCUUGAGUAUCGAACUGCCGGAGAUGGAAAAUUGGUAGAAAUCCAAGAAUUCGGAUCUGAAGAAAAAUAUGGUUUCAAGGCUCUUCGCAUUUACAGAAAUAUUCUCAUCACUGAGUUACUUGAGAUGUUCAAGGAACAGGAUAUUCCCAUCACUUUUGGCAAGAAAUUCUCACAUGUCACCUCGGAGACCGACAAACAAGUUGAUUGGGAAUUUACUGAUGGUACAACUGGUACUGCUCCACUUCUCAUUGGAGCUGAUGGUAUUCACUCUACUGUUCGUCGUUAUCUCUAUCCAGAUUUGGAGACCAAGUUCACUGGAAUGGUUGGAAUCACAGCAGCUGUACCAACAUCUCAACUACAACUUCCGGAAGGAUAUCAUAUUCCUGUCACUUUGAUGACCGAAAAGGGUGCAUUCAUCAUUGCUCCUCAACAAGAAGAUGGAUCGGAAGUCUUGAUUGGAAAACAAUUACGCAUCGAAGAGAAGGAUAGAGCCGGAUGGAGCGAUUUAUCAAACGACAAGGAAGCAAGUGUCAAAUUUCUACAAAGCAACAAUGACCUAUUCCCCGAGAUCGUUCGUAAUGCAGUCUCCAAGAUUUCCCACGACAAGAUCAAUGUUUGGCCAUUUUACAUUGUUCCCAAACUUGAGAACUGGGCAUCUCAAAAUCGACGUGUGGUUAUUCUUGGUGAUGCAGCUCAUGCCAUUCCUCCUUCUGCAGGUCAAGGUAUUAAUCAAGCAUUUGAAGAUGUUUACAUGCUUGCACUACUACUUGCAAAGGCAAACAAGGGGAGUGUCGAGAGUGCACUUACUUUCUGGCAAGAACGCAGACAUGAGAGGGUUGGGAAGGUAUUGGAAUUGAAUCAACAGAUUGAUUUGAGACGUUUACCUGGAAAGUCGGCGGAUCAGAAGAGAGAGCCAUUUGAGUUGAGUUGGUUGUACAAUGUAGACUUUGAGGCAGAUGUAGAAGAGUGGGUUGCUCAGCAAGGAAAUUGA